GAACAGAGUCCUCGGUUUAAACGGACGAGCAGAAGUUCUUCGUCUCAUUGUACUGUGGAUCACAGCGAUCCCUCUGUCUGUCUGUCUGUCCGUACGGUCGACGGUUUUAGCAAGCUCAGCCGUGCGUGACGGCGUCCCUCGUUUUCCUCUCAGCGCAGGAGACGAACAACAGGAACCCGUCAGUAUUAAAAGGCGCCGUAUCUGCGCCGGGGGUUUAGCGAGCUGAAGUAGAUAGAGGGCAGGAUGGAGAAGGGGAUGAGAGCGUUUAAUCUGCACAACAUGCUGAGCGAUGAGGAGGAGGGGACAAACGGGGACAGCCAGGAUCCAUAUUACAGAUAUAAAAAAGACGAGCUUUUUAAAAGGCUCAAAGUGACCACGUUCGCUCAGCUGGUGCUCCAGGUAGCUUCGGUGUCAGACCUGAACGAGAGCAUGAUGGACGAGGAGCCCAGACUUAAAGAUGUUUCAGAGUCAGGAGAUGGAGAGGGUCUAUCAGACCGCACCGAGUCUUCGCCCCGCCCGAGUCCUCAACCUGACAAACUGACUAAUGGCAGAGAGGCGAGUGACACCGCGUUCUCCCCCAGAUCCACACUUCAGAGUGUGAUCAGCGGUGAAGGAGAGCUGGAUAUGAACAGGAACAUGUCGAGCAGUGUGCCUCUGACCCCACUGAGCGCUCCGUGUGCCACAGAUCGUCCCUACCCAGACUGCCCCUACCUGCUGCUGGACGUCCGAGACCGAGAGCUUUACGAUCAGUGCCACAUCAUCAGCGCUCACAGUUUUCCCAUUGCCACCCUCUCUAGAACGAUUAACCCUUACACCAAGGACGUUCUCGAUUACAGAAACGUUCAGGGAAAAAUCAUCAUCCUGUACGACGAGGAUGAGCGGAUAGCCAGCCAGGCUGCCACCACCAUGUGCCAGAGAGGCUUCGAGAAUCUCUUCAUGCUCUCCGGAGGCUUGAAGGUGAUAGCGCAGAAGUUUCCGGAAGGAAUGACCACCGGCUCGUUUCCUGUCUCCUGUCUCCCUGCGCCAACUGGACCCUCGGGCCUGAAGCACACCAAGCACCGCCAGAUGCCACAGCCAGCGGAACACAAACAACGGUUCACCUCAGAAGACCUCAACAACAUCCAGCACAACCUGGACGAGGUGCUCGUACCCAGCGAGACCAGCAGUCGUCUGAGCAGCAGGGUGUCUAUUAGCAGCGCAAAUUCUCAAAUAUCCAGCGCUCGGAGCAGUCGACUGGGCUCGGGAAGUGCCAGGUCACAGAGCAGUCGGCCCUGGAAAUAACCUCUCACCCACUUCAUCAUCAUUACCAUCCACCCUGUCAUCAUCAUCAUCCUCCAGGAUAGUUUAUAACCCUAUCCAGUGAUGGGCCAUUAACGUACACCUAAACGUCUAAAGAACCAGAUGCAUUCGAAUCACAUGUAUUUUUUGUGACCUGUACCUUGACGAGAAGAGAUCAGAAAGCGAAUCUUUUUAGUGAGUCGAUUCUUUUGUAUCAGCUCACCGACAAGAAUCAAGUCUUUCAGCUUACUGCCUCUUUCUUUCUUUCUUUCUUUCAUUCACUUCAAACAAAAUUGCCGAUAUCAUGACCAGAGAUUUCAUUCUGUCUACAUCUAGUGUAUAGCUACGGAAAGACUGAAAGAAAGAAAGAAAACAGAUCGAAUCAGCGAAUCAUCGUCCACCCAAGAUAGUCGCCUCGACGCGUCGACUCGUUUUCAAACGAAGGCUUUAAUUAAAAAAAACUCCAUGUAUUUUAAAUGUUUACAACACAACAGUCUAAUAAAGGUUUUAGGAUAAAAGUUUUUUAGGGUUAUUUUAAGCCAGAAGUAACAUCAAAUGGUCGUUGAACCGCAUUAUUAACCGUACGACGAUCACUACAUGCUUCUCGGGUCGUGUUUCAUGUCCAUCUCUAAUAGUAUUGAGUCAUACCACAGCACCUUAUCAUUCGUUAUAGCUGCAGCUCCGACACCGAUGGAGCUCAUUUAUCGCUGAUAGUCUAUCGCUAUUAAAUCCUAAAGGAAUGUCCGAUUUAUAGAUUUAUAUUUAUAGUAAUGUUAACGUUAAGUAUGUGCGCAUGCUGUACCGCUAAGAGUGGCUCGAGUGCUCCGUGAUGUUCAUCCUACCUCACAAUCACCUAGAGGAGGAGAACUUAAAUAGAAAUAAAUUAGCGCGUACAAUGCUUUUACUGUAUCUGAACUGUGAAAGUGCAUUAGUGUAGAAGUGUGUGUGUGUGUGUGUGUGUGUGUGUGUGUGUUUUAUUCCUACAGUGCCGAAUGGUGGUAACACUAACACUCAGUUUCACAUCCUUAUUUAAACAGACAGUUUUAUGAACACAAACUACCUGCUGUGAUGUUUUUCUGUAUUUAAUGCUGAAUAAAGAACUAUUUUGUACAGGAAAUGAA